AUGGCAGAAUCAUCACGGAGAAUGAAAAGUAAAGAAUCAAAGGCGACAAAGAAGAUAAAGUUGAGAUACGUACGUGAUGAAGAAGAGUCUGAUGAUGAUCGUCUUGACUUAGGAUUGUUGUAUGUUGAACCAGAUAACUUCAAUCCUACAUCUAACUUGUGUGACGACCUUUUUCUUAACAUUUUAUGUGAUGAUAAAAUGUUAAAGAAUAAUCAGUUUGAAGGGGACGAUGAAGCUGAUGUUGAAGACAUUCACCAGGAAGAGCUUGAGCAUGAACACCUUGAAGAUGAAAAUGGCUUGGAAGUGGGUGUCGAGUUCAGGGUGCACGAUCCUACCGUCAAGUGGAACCAAAUGAAGCCUACAGUUAGUGAGUUAUAUGAGUCUCCUGCUCAGUUAAGGUUUGCACUCACUAACUAUGCUGUAGCUAAUGGAUACCAACUUUGGUUCAUGAAAAGUGAUAAAAGCAGGAUAAAAUCUAUGGUUGAAACACAUCUUUGUGCAAGGAAUUAUAAUUUUGGACAUUUGGUUAGUUGUAAUUGGUUAGCAAAACACUACAUUAAGGACAUAAUUAGGAAGCCCAAAAUGACACUGCCUGAGAUGAUGGAGGAUGUCCUUACAAAAUAUUCAGUGAAAGUGUCAAAGGGGCAAUGUCAUAGAGCAAGGGUAAGGGCAAGGGAGAUGAUAGAAGGUAAACUAGAGGAACACUAUGCUAAGAUAUGGGAUUAUGCCAACGAAAUCCUUAGAUCUAACCCUGGAAGUACAUGCAAAGUAGGAGUGUCCGUAAAUCCAGAUGCGGUGAAUUAUUUUGAACGUUUUUAUGUAUGUUUUAAGGCAUUGAAAGAUGGAUGGAAUACAGGGUGCAGACGUGUGAUUGGCUUAGAUGGAUGUUUUCUAAAGGGACAAAUCAAAGGGGAGAUUUUGACUGCUAUUGGAAGAGAUGCUAACAACCAUGUGUAUCCAAUUGCAUGGGCUGUAGUAAAUGUAGAGAACAAAGAAAAUUGGACUUGGUUUUUAUAG